AAAACUGAGUUUAUCAUCAAUCAGAUGCAAUAAAUUUAAAAUAUCUCAAAUCCUGUUCAGAAAUCCUGUGAACUGUUGCUAAAUUGUGGACUGAAUAAUCAACGAAAUCAUGGAUCCAAGUAAUGAAGCAAGGAAACGUUGCCUCAUAUUCAAUAUAAUCCAUUUUUUACAAGAGGAAUUGAUCAAUGGCAAUCUCAAUGAUGAAAGGAAAGAAUCAGUGGAAGUUGCAAUACAGUGCCUUGAAACAGCAUUCGAACUGGAUGGUGAUGUGAAAUCAAAGCUGGAAAAAGAAAAAGUGAAUCUACUCUCAGCAAUACCUGAUGAGAAAAAGGUUGAGCCAAAUGCAGACCAAUUGAAAGAGGCUGAAGAUUGCAAGAAUAAAGGAAAUUCCCAUAUGAAAAAUGCUUCUUAUGAUGAAGCUUUAGCAGAAUAUUCAAGGGCAAUACAAUUGAAUCCACAAAACUCAGUAUACUACUGCAACCGUGCUGCAGCCUACAGUAGACUUGAAAGACAUUCAGAUGCAAUUGAAGACUGCCUAGAUGCAAUAAACUUGGACCCCACAUAUGGAAAAGCAUAUGGCCGCCUUGGUAUUGCCUAUUCUAACCUGAAUAAAUUUGAGGAAGCCCGUGGAGCAUAUUUGAACGCUCUCAAACAUGAUCCAGGAAAUGCCAUGUAUGAAACUAAUUUGAGAUUGGCUGAGGAAAAGUUGUUCUCCAAUAUGGAAAGUGCUGCUCCUCCAGAACACACACCCCUAGAUAUAUCACAGUUUAUCAAUAAUCCAAAUUUGAUAAAUAUGGCAACACAAAUGUUGGGCGACUCCAAUUUCCGUAGCUUAAUGUCCAGGUUCAUGUCAAUGAGUCAGUCUGGUGAUCCAAACCUUGAUGCCUUGUUUCAAGCAGGUCAGACAUUGGCAACCAGAAUGCAAUCUGCUGACCCUAGCUUCGUUGAAAACCUCAGGCGAUCUUUGGAUCCACAAAAUGCCACCAAUGUAUCCUCCCAAGAAGAUGGUAAUGUUGAAAAUGAAACUGAUAACUCAAACGAAUCUGAGAAAAAUAUAGAAUGAUUAGCGGGUUAUCCUAAUUUUUUUAAAACGAUAAUUUAUAUAUUUUUUGUUGACUUUCCUAUUCUUGUUGAGGUUUUAGUAUUUUAUAAGAAUAACUGAUUAUUUCAUGGACAAAAAUUCCCUUUGAGGGGUGAACAUUUUUGACAUGUCUUUUGUAUGUAGAUACAUUUCAUUUUGUUGUUGUUCAUGUCUAAUUCAAAGUUGAUUCUUUGAAUGGAUUGUUAGGAGAAUUGCGUUUGUUUAGUUGAAGUCAUAAAAACCCCUUGAUGGAAUACGUUGAUUAACAGUGUUCUUAUGUGAAAAAUACAUUGUUUUGAGUAACUCUCAUAAUAAAAAUAUAAGGUG